GUUAAAUCAGCCAGUUUUUGUUGGAGUUAUUUGCGUGCACUUUAUUGAAGUAUCCCUGUUAGGACUGACUGCUACAUAGAGAAACUGUUCAGAGAGAUGCAAGGUAAGCAAAGCCGGCUGAGUGACUGCAAGCGGUGCACAUAGCGGAUCUGGGUGGGUGAGCGAGCUGCUGAGAGGAACAGGUGGAAUACUGGAAUCAGCACCCUCAACACUUCAGCAUAUUUACUUCAAAGAGGACCGGGCGAGUGCCCAGACGUUCGAAUGCAUUUAUCACUGGAUACCAUGAGCAUGGUGGACGACAGCUGCCUCUCACCCAGCAACUUCCACGAAAUGGGGAAAGGUGGGGGGGCCGCUGCAGGGGGCCGCGUCCACAGCAUUGAUGUCAUUCUAGGCUUCAGUAAAGACCAGGACCCCCUGCUCAGCCCGGCGGGGGCCCCGGGGCCUCAUAAGGUGGGCGUCGAGGGCCUGGCAGAGCCUGGGAAGCAGCAGGAGCCCUCAUCACACCCCUCCUAUGGUGGCCACCUCUCCUCUAUGAGAGACAGCGGUGCAGAGCAGCAGCCGUACCAUGACACAGGCUUGUUCACGAACAAGUGUGAUGGGGAACUGAGUGAGCUGAGGAAGAGUGUGGAGAGUGAUGAAGGCAAGUCCCCGGAGCCCUGCAAAGAGGAUCAGCCCAAGAAGAAACACAGGCGCAACCGCACCACCUUCACCACCUACCAGCUGCACGAGCUGGAGCGUGCCUUCGAGAAGUCCCACUACCCAGACGUUUACAGCCGAGAGGAGCUGGCCAUGAAGGUGAACCUGCCAGAGGUCCGCGUUCAGGUUUGGUUCCAGAACCGCAGAGCUAAAUGGCGUCGUCAGGAGAAAAUGGAUGCCAGCACCAUGAAGCUCCAUGACUCACCCAUGCUCUCCUUCAACCGGCCGCCACCUGUGCACACCAAUGUAGGUCCAAUGACCAACUCCCUUCCCCUGGACCCAUGGUUGACCUCUCCCCUGUCCAGUGCGACACCGGUCCACAGCAUCCCUGGCUUUAUGGGCCCAGCUCAGGGCCUCCAGCCCAGCUACCCCAGCCACAGCUUCCUCAACUCCUCUCCUCAUCCUCAUCCUCAUCCCCCUCAUCCUCAUCCACAUCCUUCCAUGGGUCAGGGGAUGCAGAGUAUGGCUCCUCCCCCCUACCAGUGUCCAGCUCCCUUCCCUGAUAAAUAUCCUCUGGAGGACGUGGACCAGCGCAGCUCCAGUAUUGCUGCACUGAGGAUGAAAGCCAAGGAACACAUCCAGUCUAUGGACAAGACCUGGCAACCCAUGUGACUAUCAGACCUGUCGAUCCAUGUGAGUGACGCUGGGAAAGGGAGACACUGAGGUCCACUUUGUGGGACAAGGGAGAGACAUGAACAGUGUUUGAAAAGCAAAGUUGGCAAUGACAUAUCUAUGACGCACAGCACCAAGCAAAGGAAAUGGAUUUUUGAACGAUGAAAAUUUCCACUUUCUUUCCUUCUUUUUUUUUAAACAAAGAAUUGUACUCAUCUCGGAGACGUCAAGUGAUCAAGUGAGCUCUACAGCCUUGUUAAAUUGUUAAAUUUGAGCCAUCAGUUACUAGACAUUUACUCUCCCUGUGAUCACUAGAUGUUUAGUGUGUUGCCUUGGGUGCUUUCAAAGCAAAUGUCACCUCACUGACUAUUGCUCUGAUCACAACUUGCACUCCAGGAGCUGCAAGACGCCAAGCAUCUCUUCCUUUGAUGACAACUGAUUAAUGAUCCCUGAUCCAUUUCUGGAGCAAACUAAAUGUCUUCCAAGACAUACGUAUGUCCCACUGAAUGUUUUCAGUUUGUUGCAGGCAUCCCUCCACUGAUGCUCAUGAACAGCAAAGUGCUGAUAAAGGCCACCUUUAAGUAGUUGAACACAUCUGCAAGUAAUGGCAAAAUAUUUUGUAUGUAAUGUAAUUUUGUUUAUUUGCAAUCAAAAAAGCCAGUGAUGGAAAGCUGGAGGUAUGCAUGCUAACAUGUAAUAAUGUUUCUCAAAAGUGAAACAUCACUGUGAGCAUUGUUAGUGUUCUCGUCCUUUUUUUUCCUUUUACCUCUGCCAUCAGUUUGAUUAUGUCAUAUAACACACCCUGUAUUUCAGUCUUCAUUCUCUACCUUCCCCUUUUCUUCAGUUGUUUGUGUUUUUACUAAUUAAUCCAAUUGUCUCAUUUUCACGGGUCAGCUAAUCAGAGUCUCAAGGCAUUUUGUAAAUGAAGGGCCCAUCUCAAUAUCAUGUGACACCAGAUUUUUUUUUAAUAUCAGUGUACAAGGAGAUAUUACAAUGUCUCUGACUGUUCUUGCCAACGCAGUCUCACUUAUCUAUUGAUUUAUAAUAGUUGUGUAAUUGCUUUGCAGUUAUUACUCUGCUUACGGUGCAUGAUGCUGCACUACAGUAGUCACUUGCUGCCCACAGAUGUUUGAGCCAUUAGCUUUGAUGCCCUGGCCUGACUGGAGAGCAACCACAGCUGAGGACCAGGAAGAUUGUUUCUGUCUGUCAUGCUUGUACAUUUGCAGGAAUACGAGCCCCGGACAACAAAAUAAUCAUGUUUCAGUGUGAGCAACAUAAUUACUAGGUUGGACGCACACAAAGUACUUGGACACUUGCACACACAGCUAUGCUGCCAAGAUACUGGAAGUUAAGGUGGUGGAGGUGUUUGUAUGUAUGUGUGUGUGUGUAUGUAGCCCAAAGCAUUUUUGAGAGCACAAAUACUUUGUGGGGAAAAAGACGACUAGAGUCAGAGUUAUAAUGGCACCCUCUUAGUCUUCCGGGGCUGAAUAUACCAAAAACAAUUAUGUGUGAAGAUGAUCUUUUCUGAUAUGAAUGAUCUUUGUGCUAAAAUGCUUUAAGGCAACUCGUACAGACUUGAACAUUUCUAGUGAAAACUGAACAUGGGCACACUUCCGGUAGUAUUGUACUGAGCAGGCUUGAAAACCAGAAAUAUGCUCUUCUCACACAGUAGGGGGGCAGUGAAGAAAGAAAGAAAGAAAGAAAGAAAGAAAGAAAGAAAGAAAGGACAGAGGCCUUGCGAGGGAAGUAACCUUCUUUUUGCUUGAGUGGCCGUUGGAGGAGAAGACCUGUUGGCAGCUCAGUGUUGGGUGGCUGCGUGUACGUGCAGGGCAGCAGAAAGAGCCCUGUGUGAUGUGUCACCCCACAUAGUUUAGUCUUUGUUUGUCACAAUUGAUCCAAGCGCAUCCUCUUUGUCUGAAACUGAAGGGGGGGAAACGGUCACAGGCUGCACUAAAUAGGCCCUUGUAACCAUUUUGUCAUGGAAGUUUUUUUUUUUUUUUUUCUUUCCCAUUCUGUGUCAAAGGAAGAGAAACAUGGGUUGUGGCUGCUGGGGUCAUUAGUGACACAAUAUUGGCCAUUUACCAUCUGUUAUGAAGUUAAGUUCUAAUUCUCUUAAAAGCAGAAAAUAAUGUCCAAAUUGAUCGUGUACAGAAAUAAAAAAAAAUGUGUUAAUGAGAGGGAUAACCCUUAAUUGGACUAGUAUUUUUGUAUUUGGCAUCUUAACAAUAGUGUCAACACCUGGGAUAACCUUUUUGAGUUGAACUAAAGGGAGGAAACACCCUUCAUCUAAAAGUGCAAUUUCAGCAUCCUUUUUAUUUUUAUGUUUUGUAAAGGAGACUCACUUUUUCCCCCAUAAAUGCCCAUAGUGUAACUGAGAUUUUUCACAGUUAUAUCAUGUGAAAGUUGGCUUGUAGCUAUUGGCAAUCAGCCACGUGUCCACGAUGACUACAGCAACAACAGCAAGACAGAUGUAAGAUGUAAGAUUCAAUGUUUCCAUUCAGAGGAAAAAAAAGUUUUGUUGUGUCUGCUGCUCACCGUCAGUCCUCAUGUAGUUUUUAUGUUGUUGGUUAGUUAUGUUUAGACACCCCUGUUAGACAAUGCCAGGACCUCACACCCUAGAAGGAAGGAGGAUUACCUUGCACACAAAACAGCUCAUUUAGGAUUGUAUAUAAAUGUGAUUUUGGACCAAGAAUAAGCCAAAGGUUAGAUAACAAACAAAAAUGCACUAGAUGUAUGAGAGUUUUAGUUUUUUUUUUAUGUGAAAAUGUACAGGAUAUUUUUUUUCCUGUAUGGCAAUUCUGUUUGUUACUUUUCCUAGUUAUGUCAUUGUUUUCUUUUAUUGAGUUUGUCUGAUACAUUGAUGUCCAUAUUCUGGAAAGAAUGAAUACUUACUGAAAAUAAAAACAUAUAGUUUGAUAGAA